GGGCGGGGCGCACUCCGCAACUUCUGCCGCUGCCGCUGCCGCUGCCGCCCGGGCGCUCUCGGCCCAGCCGAGCUGCUGUUGAGAACUGUGGAGCUGCCGGCGGAGCCUGGCCCGAGCUCCCUCGACUCCGCGCGUCCCAGGCGUCCGUCGGGGGCCGAGGCGCCUCCCGCAGGGAGUCCUCGUGAGGCCGCACUGCCGCGUUACCCGCAGCGGCCGGGGGUCCGGGGAGUGCGGGGCUCCGAGACAGAGCCAGGCGCCACCCAGCGGUCGGCGCGGGCCCCAUGGCUGGGCCGGGCGGAGCGGAACCGACGAGGUGAAGCCCCGGGGCCGGCAGCCGGAGCGCGUGGCCGGGGCGCCGGCUCCAUGGGCAGCGGCACACGGCGGCGCGAUGAUGGACGUUAACAGCAGCGGCCGCCCGGACCUCUACGGUCACCUCCGCUCUUUCCUUCUGCCAGAAGUGGGGCGCGGGCUGCCCGACCUGAGCCCCGACGGUGGCGCCGACCCGGUCGCGGGCUCCUGGGCGCCGCACCUGCUAAUCGAGGUGACAGCCAGCCCGGCGCCCACCUGGGACGCGCCCCCGGACAAUGCCUCAGGCUGUGGGGAGCAGAUCAACUACGGCAGAGCCGAGAAAGUUGUGAUCGGCUCCAUCCUGACGCUCAUCACGCUGCUGACGAUCGCGGGCAACUGCCUGGUGGUGAUCUCCGUGUGCUUCGUCAAGAAGCUCCGCCAGCCCUCCAACUACCUGAUCGUGUCCCUGGCGCUGGCUGACCUCUCGGUGGCUGUGGCGGUCAUGCCCUUCGUCAGCGUCACCGACCUCAUCGGGGGCAAGUGGAUCUUUGGCCACUUUUUCUGUAAUGUCUUCAUCGCCAUGGACGUCAUGUGCUGCACCGCCUCGAUCAUGACCCUGUGCGUGAUCAGCAUUGAUAGGUACCUUGGGAUCACAAGGCCCCUCACAUACCCUGUGAGGCAGAAUGGGAAAUGCAUGGCGAAGAUGAUUCUCUCCGUCUGGCUUCUCUCCGCCUCCAUCACUUUACCUCCGCUCUUUGGAUGGGCUCAGAAUGUAAAUGAUGAUAAGGUGUGCUUGAUCAGCCAGGACUUUGGCUAUACGAUUUACUCUACCGCAGUGGCAUUUUAUAUCCCCAUGUCCGUCAUGCUUUUCAUGUACUACCGGAUUUACAAGGCUGCCAGGAAGAGUGCUGCCAAACACAAGUUCCCUGGCUUCCCUCGAGUGGAGCCAGACAGCGUCAUCGCCCUGAAUGGCAUAGUGAAGCUCCAGAAGGAGGUGGAAGAGUGUGCAAACCUUUCGAGACUCCUCAAGCAUGAAAGGAAAAACAUCUCCAUCUUUAAGCGGGAACAGAAAGCAGCCACCACCCUGGGGAUCAUCGUCGGGGCCUUUACCGUGUGCUGGCUGCCAUUUUUCCUCCUCUCGACAGCCAGACCCUUCAUCUGUGGCACUUCCUGCAGCUGCAUCCCACUGUGGGUGGAGAGGACAUUUCUGUGGCUAGGCUAUGCAAACUCUCUCAUUAACCCUUUUAUAUAUGCCUUCUUCAACCGGGACCUGAGGACCACCUAUCGCAGCCUGCUCCAGUGCCAGUACCGGAAUAUCAACCGGAAGCUCUCGGCUGCAGGCAUGCAUGAAGCCCUGAAGCUUGCUGAGAGGCCAGAGAGACCUGAGUUUGUGCUACAAAAUGCUGACUACUGUAGAAAAAAAGGUCAUGAUUCAUGAUCGAAAGCAGAACAAUGGAGAUGAAAUAAACAAGGCAAAAUAGAGGUGGAAACAGAAGGAAGUCAUUUGCUGAGACUGCAGAAUGGAAUGCAGCUUCUGUCCUUUCUUGGGAUGUCUAAAACGUGACAAACAGGGUGAUCUGCUGUACACACUAUCUUAUGAGGGAGAUGGUGACUUCUCCUUUUUUCUGUGGAUCAGUGCUAUUGUGUGUUCUCAGUUUAAGAUAGCAGAUCAUGUCAGCAGUAAGCACACCGACAGAACUGAGUUCCAGAAAGGAAGCAGUUUCUGGUGCUUUGCAUAUGUCCAAAUCCAUGCAAGUGGGAGAAAGUUCCAGUGCACACUUCCCAUGCUUCUGAGUCUAGGCAUUGUGGUGAAUAUGCAAGAAUCAUUCAUAAGACAGAAUGUAUUUUGUUGUAUGACAGAAGGCUUUUCCAAGCAAACUGCAGUGAGCGUAGUGUUGAAUAUGUUGCAUGUCCAUGUUAGAAAACAGAAUCCAGUCAUCAGCUAAUACAAAUGAUUUCCCAGAGCAGUGUUUGUUUCAAGCUUCUGUCAAAUAGUUUGGCUUUUCUGCAGGGUCUCUGUGAUUUCCCCACCAAUGUACUUUUCUUUGUUAACUCACUUAUUAUGGUAUAACUCAGGAACAGGUCUCAGGAUGGAGAGAAGCAUACAACUUGAGCAAAGCUUUUUCUUGUGCUCUGAAGGGUCUUGAGAGGGGAGGGGGAUGCCUUCUGUGAGGAUUUUUAUCGCAGUGAAGCUCAAGUGGUACCCAACUGCGUUGUAAUUAACAUGAUUAUUGGCAUGUUUUUGACUCUCAUUUUCUACAAGGCUGCAGUGGGCCCACCCAUGGGCUGGCCCAUAACUGUAUGUUAUGUGGAAGAAGUGUGGGAAUGAUGGGUUUUCCAUGAAAUGUGAUGCGUCUGGAGAUGGGGCAUAAACAUGUUCAUUCUUGUUGAGCUGCAUUGUAUUAAACCAAAUUGUGUGAAGUGAGGUCACCUGGACCACUCUUGGGAGAUGCUUCAGAACACCAGUCUGUUCCUUCUAGAGAAUUUGUUUUUGUGUUCUGUGUAUCUUAAAUCAGAUGUGUGCCUAAGCAAUUCUGUCCUCUGAUUCCCACCCCUACCCACCAAAAAAUGGUAGACAUGAAAGGCAGAUAAGGAAACAGAAAAGGUCUCUUUGCAGAUAUAUAUUUUUUAAAUGGCACUAUGUAGUAAUUAAGAGCUAAGGAGACAAAGACAGUAGAUGAGAAUAGAAGAGUACCUGUACCUACAAGGGGAAAAAUGAAUGCAAUUCUUUAUUUGAUAAGACUGAACUGAAAGAGAAUAUUAUUUUCCUACAAUAAAGCAAGCUGUCCUCUCACAGGAUAAGUGGAAUUCCGACAUGGAUUAUGGACUUCUUCUAACUCCCAUUGACAUUGCUUCUUACCAGACACGGGGAAAAGCUGCCUUUCCUGAAAGGGGAGGAGGACACUGUCCUUUCAGACAAAGCUUGUACAAAUUCCUGAACCGCAAAUUUGCUAAAGUGACCGUAUAUAUUAUAUUCAUAAUUUAAAUGAUUAUUUAUGGUCAGAUACAUAUUGUUAAACUUGAAAAUGUUUUAUUACAUUACAUCAAAUAAAGUUUAUUUGUAGCUGAAAUAAAGCAACGUAAGUAAAAAUUUUUAAUUAAAGGUCUUAUGUCA